AUAUAUUAAGAAGUUCAGUUUCCCUCGCAUUUGGAUUUUGGAGGCAGCAAUCUGAGAAUGCGGAGCGAAGACGAAGGGUUCGAAGAUUGGGACGCUGAUUUCUUGGACCAACUCAUCCAAGUCGAAGAGCUUGCCAUCGCCUCCACCGCCGAUAAUCAUCUCAUUACGAUUCCGAUCUCUUCUUCUACCUUCUGCCCCCCGCCGCCAUCGCAACCGGAACCGCUACAUUUUGUGCAAGCGUUUCAUGACCGUCCCAUUAGUUAUUCGCCUCCUCGAGAACUCUCACAGAGGAUCACCGGUGUCCGCUCUCCCAAUGGCUUGGGCGAAUGUGGUCCUUCUUCUUCGAUGCUGGCUCCGUGCUUGCCUCGCCCGGACGCUGCAAAAGAACUCGAGAUUUGUAAUUUGAAGAGGGAGCUAGGGCGCGUCUCAAAGCAACUCAAGGACUUGGAACAAGAGUGUGUUGAACUCAGGAAGAAAAGAGACAGGAAAGAGGAGCAGCUUAAAGUUGUCUUUUCCAAUAAAGAUGAACAAUUUAUUGGCCAUCAUGGUUCAGAGAGUACAGAUUUGAGAACAGCGGGGAAUGAUGGUGAGCAUAAUUCUAGGAAGAUUGAAGAUCUUGCUGGUGACCUUGGUGCCCCUCACAUUGUUUCUUCUAGUAGUAAAGCCAUCGGCGAACAGGGAGGCCAAGCUCAUAAUUCUGCUGGGGAGAGAGUCAAUGAUAAAUUACCUGCUUUUCACAACCUAUCCAAGAAGCUGCAAGUAUUCUGGGUCCCCGAAAGUGGCUCUAAGAUGGGACAAUCUUUGGUUUCAGAAUUACUUUUAUCAUGUGAAACAGAUUUUCAUGUGCUUUUUGGGUGCAUCAGCACGAAGUUAUCCCCCAAAUUUUCUGUCGAUUCCCUAGCUGGGGAUAACGUUUCUGAUGUAGCUUUAAAGAACCCUUUGCAGUUUCUUCAUGGUCUGGAAGCCGUAAAAGUAUCUAAUCUCUACACCACUUUGACUAAGGUAAGUAAUGGAAUAGUAAAGAUGGAGGCAUUGUUUACACCGUUACUUGAUCUCUGUAAUCUUGACAAUGUCGUCAUAGUUCACAGAACUCUGCAUAUAUUGCAUAUGUUUGUGAAACACCUGUUUUGGUUGGAGAGGAAAUCCGAAAGAAGGAAAACAGUCAUGGUUGAGGGACUUGGCUCUAGGAACAAUGAUUUGGAUUCUCAUGGAUCACAGAGUGUAGAAGGUGAAGAAUUUGCUGUUGUGAACAUGGAUGGAACAUCUCAUGACAGUUGCGCUCCAGCUUGCAGUAGAAUCCCUGGUGCUGAUAUGCCGUGCAAGAACAGAAACUUGAAUACGUACACAAAUUUAGUUCCUCAAGUAAACUGGGUGUCUUUCUUUGAGAUGAUGCAUCAGGUUGCUAAGACGCAUUGUGUAGAAUGUGUGAGGAUGGAAGCAGUUUCAAUCAUGAAUUUGAUUCUGAUGAGAAGUAGUACGUAUAUGGAGAGGGAGAAGUUUGGUCCGGGACUUUUAUUUGAUAGUGUAGUGGAGUUUAUCAGAAAGGAAUCCGGUUCAGCUAUACAAAAGCAUGCUGUGCGUCUUCUAUUCCUGAUACUAAACUGUCCUACGUUUUUUGUCGCAUUUUGUUCUGGUUGCAUGGAGACAGAAGCUACAUGUGCUGCAGACGAAAAUGUGAGAUCUGCUGCAGGUUUUGAGAAAUUCAGAACCAUCCUUCAUGGCUUGGCAGAUUGUCUUGCAUGUUGCGGAAACGGUAUUGAGGAGUUGAAACUUCGAAGAAACACUGUUCUUUUGCUCGCUUUUCUAGCAUCGUCUGGCAAAGCUGGCUUUGAAAUUCUCAUAAGCAACAAGCUACCUACAGAGUCAAACUUCCUCGUGUUGAUUCUUCAAGUUGUGGUUUCAGAGGUCGAGCACGAACAAAAAGUUCCACAGCCCGUAGAAAUUCACGGGGAAAGGACUUUGCUGUUGCGGGAGGUACUUAUACUUCUUAAUAGACUUGCAUCUCAUUCGUUAUACUCAGCCACAGUCUUGCGAGUGUUAACGAACAGCAGAGAUAUGGCCAGCCUCACCAUUGAUGUAAUUACCAAGUUGUCCAGAAGAAACAAUAGAACUUACCAAUUUGACAGGAAGACAAGACAGAUGAGGGAAUCUGAAGUUGCCGACUUAUCCCAGGUAUUCAAGAAAAGAGUUCUUACAUAUUUGGGAAAUAGCAUAGUAUAAAGCACUUUUAAGGAUUGCUUGUUAAUUCAUAUGCAUCACCAUAUACUAUACUAUGCUUUUAGCACAAAUUGAGACAUUUUUUGACUCAGCCAUUUGAGAAACUAUUUGGUUUGGAAAUUUUGUCGUCCCAAUGGGUAUCCUCAUUUGGGAAAUUUUGUAGUGUGAGCAUGUAUAUUAGAAAAAAAAAAAAGAAAAAAAAACUCCAGAGGUUCUUACAUCAGAGGAAAAAAUAGAGUUUUGUUGCUUAUUUUUUGGUCAUCUACUUCACUCGAAAUGAAAGAAGCAGAUGUCAUUUACACUCGUGUUGAACAAAUGAACCUAUAGCAGUACC